GCUGCCCCGGGCACCCUGCACGCCCUCCAUCCUUCCCCGGCUCUUCGGGAUCGCGCGGAGGCCACCAAAACCUCGGCGGCGGCGGCGGCCAAGAACUUUCCGCCUGCUUUCUUUUAUUCGUGUUGCUCGUGGUUUGGGGGUUCUGUGUCUGUGUGUGUGUGUGCGUGCGUUUUAAGGAGCGUAUAGAAAACCGACCUGCUCAAAGGACGAUGCUGGAGCGCCACGGGCUGGCCGUCUGCCUGGCGCUCACCACCAUGUGCACCAGCUUGUUGCUCAUGUACGGCGGCAUCGGCGGCAUCGGCGGGGGCCACCCGGAGCCGCGGCGGCGGCAGCAGCAGCAGCAGCAGCAGCAGGUGGCGGCGGUGCCCAGCCGCCCGCCCGAACGCGGCCAGCGCCACCCGGCCCUGCCCGUCGGGGCCGGGCUCCUGGAGGGAUACAUCAGCGUCCUGGAGCACAAGCCGCUGAAGAUGCACUGCAGGAGCUGUGCCUUGGUGACCAGCUCCGGGCACCUGCUGGGGGGCAGACAGGGGGACAGGAUCGACGAGACCGAGUGCGUCAUACGGAUGAACGACGCGCCCACCCGCGGCUACGGCAGGGACGUCGGCAACAGGACGAGCCUUCGGGUCAUCGCCCACUCCAGCAUCCAGAGGAUCCUGCGGAACCGCAACGAGCUCCUCAACAUGAGCCACGGCGCCGUCUUCAUCUUCUGGGGGCCGAGCAGCUACAUGCGCCGGGACGGGAAGGGCCUGGUGUACAACAACCUGCAGCUCAUCAACCAGAUCCUGCCCCAGCUGAAAGCCUACAUGAUCUCUCGCCACAAGAUGCUCCAGUUCGACGACCUGUUCAAGAGGGAAACCGGGAAGGACAGGAAGAUAUCCAACACUUGGCUCAGCACGGGCUGGUUCACGAUGGCUAUCGCGUUGGAGCUCUGUGACAGGAUAAAUGUUUAUGGCAUGGUGCCACCGGAUUUCUGCAGGGAUCCUAACCAUCUUUCAGUACCUUACCACUACUAUGAGCCUCUGGGACCCGACGAAUGCACAAUGUACCUCUCCCACGAGCGGGGCCGCAAGGGGAGCCACCACCGGUUCAUCACGGAGAAACGCGUCUUCGAGAGCUGGGCGCGGACAUUCGACAUCCGCUUCUUCCAGCCAGACUGGAAACCAGAACCACGCCCUGGGAACCGCCCCCAGGCCAAACCGCUGGUCUGAGGGGGGGUCACAGUCACAGUCACCUUCUGUGCCAGCCUUUGGAGCUCCUGGGGCAGCACCGCAGCCCGGGGGACGGGGGAACAGGGUCUGCAGCCGGGAAGUUGGGAUGGAGGAGCAGCACGUACCGAGAGUACUUUCUGUGGAACUGCGUUAUUAGCCCAGCACGUGGCCCUUUUUGGGCCACCUGACCCCCACCCAUUCCCGUGUGUGUCACGUGAUUUGUGAAAAACACCUCGAGUGUCGUUACCGGAUGGUUAAUUCAUUACGGCUUUUUUAAGUGCAAUGCCACUGAAAUUUUCAUAGUGAAAACUUAACAGUAUUUAUUUAACCGAGGUUUUUAUGCAACCUAGGCCGGUAUUUUUCUAAUUCACAGUUACGUGCUUGUUUAUCUUUCAUAAUCUUUCAAAUGCAAAAUUAAUACUGCUGAUGGUUUUGAAAGGCCUAGCUUUUUAUUUAUAAAAUUUGUUUGAAAUAUAUAAUUCUAUAUAGCAUGUAAUGAAUAUUUGAUCAGGAAAUGUUGCAUUUCUUCUAAAAAUUUUGGGCUCCGUUCCAGCCUAAAGCCUUUAAUGGCAAGAGUGGUCCCAUGUGCAGAUCCAGCUCACUUUACAUCCUGACAUCUCAUGUUAAUCCGAAAACGGUAGUGAAAAUUCUGUUUGAUAUUAAUGUGCAUUUGCUGCUGUGCCAUCAAGCUGCUGGUUUUUAAACAGGGGUGGGAGGAAGGAGGGCAAACAAAAUUUAUCACAGAAAAAACAACCCCCAACCCCCACUGGCUAUGGCAGCGUGCUUCUCAGCGAAGACACCGGGCUGAGGCUGGAGGGGUUGUGUUCUGGUUUGUCACUUGUUCUCCUGCAGGAGGCUGGCAGGGACCCUCCUGAGGCAGCAGACUACAAAACCAGGCCACAACUGCUUGAAACAACACGAGACCCAAUUUCUGGAAUGAAGAAGUUAAACCACCACAAUACCAGCCAUACUCACCAGAAAGGUCACAACACUGCACCUGCAAAAACCUCUGCCUUGCACAGUCCCAAGAUCAUCAGCGAGCUCAGAGAUCCUGGAUCACACUGAAGCUGGGAUGUGAAAAGAGUUCCACAAGUACAGAGUUGUAUUCUUGAAAAGAGCAAAGUUAAACUUGGCAGUUUUUUUCCAUGGAGUUACCUGGAUGUGCGUGGCGAGUCCCUGCGAGCCAAGGGGAAGGACAGUGCUGGUGCUGUGUGUGGAACCUCUCAGUGGGAAUUACUGGGUUACAUUUGGCUGGUGAAUAAAGAAGAUUUCAGUUACAUCAUUAUUUUUCCUUUUUUGCUUCACAAGUCUCAAACCUCCUAAUUUCUUCGAAGUAAUGAGUAACUACUGCAUGAAACAUACCUCAGGUGAUGGAAGGUGUCUCUCACUAGACAAAUGUGAAAGCUAGAACAAAGAUACUACCUUUAAACAUCUAAAUCCGAGAAGCUGAACCUCAGAGGUGAUCCGUAGAACUGGGACCAAACUCACUAUCAUCAUUUAAACCCCCUUUUAACCCAUGGUCUUCCUCUUUCCAAAACUGAAUAGCAAUAGCUGCAGCUGCCUGACAGAUACCCUGAUCCUCUGGGGACAAAGUGAACUCUCCUGUCAGGGGCAAAACAAGAGCCACUGUCCUGCUGCAGCCCUCCCCCUGUAUCAAAAAGUAAGGAACUAUAACCUGUUUUGCCUUAAAAGCUUUAUUUGGGUGUUCUUCCUGGUACACACAGAGCCUACAAACAAUGCCAGUUGCUCGUAACCUGUCUCUCGUCAGCCGGUGUUCAACUCCCCCUCUUUCACUGACGGUGUUUUAUUCCUUCCACUCGACUUCACUGCGUUCUACAGAAACCAGAAUGGAUUCUGAACUGAUGGUAAUUUGAACAUCCCUGUCAGCGUGUGUACUGGGGCAUGUAUCCAGCAGAUGUUGCUCCAGUUGAUGGAAUCUGUCAGAUUGAUUUACAGGUCGUUUCUAAUGUGACUGGCAAGAGAUGGUACAGAUCACAGGAGGUCCUCUGAUGCUACCAUCCUUGUUUUAUUAGUGAUAUGGUAAUAAAAAGAUCUUGUCAUUCUAAA